UUGAGGGCGGCAGCACAUUCGAUUUUGAGCUUAUGUCCGCUGCUGAAAAAUCCAAAGAAAGAGGAAACCUCGAAAGAGUGGUGAAUCUUCUUCCCAAAACAAACAUUGAAUGAAUCGAAUGUGACUAGUCAAGCUUGGGACAACAAAACACCAUGCCGUCACUGUGGCAGCACGUCCAAGGAAAGUUUGACCGCAGCAAAAACUCAAAGUGGGGCUGGAGAGUUUCAGCUGUGUAUGGCUUUGGCGUUUGGACUUUACUGGGUGUAGUGGUAAUUAAGGUGAUAUCAAGUGCAGGUUCAAUGGUGGCUGGUCAGUACGGAAUGUCCAAGGACACCUAUUCCACAUUGUCUGAGAAGGAAAAGGAACAGCUGGCUCAAGAAAAAAAGCUCCAAACUUGGGCUAGACAACAAGAGCUGGCUGAAUAUGUUGCAGAGAAUAUCUACACCCCUGUUGACUUCAUAGGUUGAAAA